AUGAAGACUAUCCAAGCAAUUCUGCUGCCGUUGCUGUGCUUCGGUUUGGAUUUGAUCGCAGCAGAAAGUGGAAUGCAAAAUGGGGCUGGUGGUGCGACCUCCACAGAGCAGCAGACCUGCCAGCCGGACAUCCACACCGUGCUGCGAGAGAUGAGCACCCAGCUGGCAGAACAGAGAGUGGAGCUCAGGCACACUCAGGUACAACUGGAGACCAUGGAGAAGAAGGCAGAGACCAUGGAGAAGAAAGCACAGACCAUGGAAGCCAGACUGAGAGACAGUGAGGGUAAAGCAGAGACCAUGGAAGCCAGACUGAGAGACAGUGAGGGUAAAGCAGAGACCAUGGAGGCCAGACUGAGGAACAGUGAGGGUAAAGCAGAGACCAUUGAGGCCAGACUGAGAGACAGUGAGGGUAAAGCAGAGACCAUGGAGGCCAGACUGAGGAACAGCGAGAAGACAGUCGAAGAGCAAAGAGUGGCACUGAGACAGGCUGAAGCCAGACUGAGUGACACUGAGAGAUAUGUGGAGCAGCUGAAAAGUGUAUAUCAGGCUCAGGUUCAAAGUCUGAACCUGACAGGGAGACAGGUGGAGGAGCUGAGAAUGGAGAGGCAGAACAGGAGGGUGUCCUUCUCUGCCGCACUGCAAACAACUGCUGCUGGCCAACAUACAGGACCCUUCUCUGUUGCAACUCCACUGGUCUACAGACAUGUUUUCACCAAUAUAGGCGAGGCCUAUAACCCAAACACAGGAGUUUUCACAGCUCCGGUCCGAGGUGUCUACAUGUUCUUUGUGUUUCUUCAUGCAGGAGGCCAUGCGUCUAACAAUGGAGGAGUCACCCUGCAUAAAAAUGGAGACCAUGUUGUCAUUGCUAGCGCUCACCAGACGAGCCACAGUGUGAAUCCCUCUAAUGGAGUCUCUCUGCUGCUGGAGGUGGGAGAUGUGGUGUACGUCAAGCUGUGGCCCAACUCAUGGGUGUGGGAUAGCUACGCCCACCACACCACCUUCUCUGGCCAUCUGCUCUUCCCUAUGUAAAUGUAGAAUUGUACAGUAUAGAAAUAGAUAAAGACUGUAUUGACCGGGAAAGAAAUUCAAGGAACACUCAACCAUUUUUUAAAUGUGCUGAUUUUACACCUCCCCUGUUGAGUUAUUGAGUUUUACCUUUACUUUUCUUCCAGCCGUUCUCUGAUUUUGGUGAAAUCACUUCUUAACAUGUAACAUUGAAUCGAAUGGAACCAUUUCUGCCCUACAAAGCAAAAAGGCAGUAACUGCAUUGCUGUUUAAAAUGACUAACUAUAACUUUAAUGCCAUAUAUAUCAAAGUCUACAGAUAAAUAAAAAGAUUGAUUUGGAAAAAGGGUGGUAAUAUAAAGUAACAAAACUGUCACAUAUCAGUAAUAUCCCAAAAACCACUUAUACUGGA